AUGUCGAAGAAGCCCAAGAGACUAGAGGUCGACGAGGAGAGCGUCACGGUGACCCACAAGAGGAAGUCGGACUUCGCAUCGGAGAGAUGUCCACGGGCGCCUGACCCGCAACUCUCACUCGCGCACUCGUCCUCUGUCUCCACCCCGCCGACUCUCCUUCCUCUCGAGCCCCUGCUGGUCCCUAGUGCACUCCCCUAUGGCGUGUCCCCGGUUGUCCGCUUUGGUUUCGACCAUGCGUUGAUGACCGGGCGGGAAGCUCCUGUUCUUGACGAGCAGUUGAGCGACCCUGCUCGCCCGGCCUACAACACCGUAUCCGCCCCGCCCGUCUCUCGUCUGUGUCGUGACCUUCAACCCGAUGCCCCAAUCCUCUUCGAAUCCAACCUCGUUCAGGACGUCAACCGCCCACAGGUCGACCCCUUUACCGCUCACGAACCCGGUCGUCCGCCUUGGUUUCGACCAUACGUUGAUGUCCGGGCGGGAAGCUCCUGUUCUUGA